CAACCGAGAUGACGUAAUGUAUAUAUAGUGGUUCAGUCGAUGCGGGGGGUGUUGCAGUAAUGUCUGUGAAAGCUGUGGCUCUGUUGGUUCGUCAGGUGAGCGCCUGUCCCCCCGCGGGCUGGUGUGUAGAUGGUUCAGUCCACAUGUAGCUCGGAGUUGUUGCUGAGGAGGUUCCACUAUUCAGCUCGUACCGUUAAAGUGGCACACUAGCUGAGGCUGCUCUCCAAAACAAAAUGUUGCCGUCUUCUUACCCGAGUUACGUCGGACGACAGGAGACGGUCGUCUUUUGUCAUCUCCUGUGCAGUAUUGCAGGUGUGUGGAGCAGUCAGGUGGUGGUCCCUGACAGGGUGAAUGCUGUGCUGGGGAAAAAUGUGACGUUGGAAUGCAAGGUAAAGGUGGAUGGAAACCUUACGCUCACCCAGAGUUCCUGGGAGCGUCGUUUGCCUUCAGGUUCUGUGACGGUGGCAGUCUACAACCCUGUGUUCGGCAUCUCCAUCCCACCAGAGUUUGUUCAUCGCUUAUAUUUUCGCUCACCCUCUUCUCAUGAUGCCACUAUUGUACUGGAAGAUGUGGUUUUUGCUGAUAUUGGAGUAUAUACCUGUAAGGUUGCCACAUUUCCUCUGGGUAAUGCUCAGGACUCCACUACUGUCAAUGUCCUUGUGGAGCCCAAAGUCUACGUGUCUGCAGGUUCAACUGCCCUGAUCGAUGGGGACAAUGAAACUGUGGUGGCCACCUGUAUUGCUGAGCGAGCACGACCCCCUGCUGAGGUAUCCUGGGAGACCAACCUGUUUGGUCAGUCAGAAGUGCAAUUAUUUAACGACGUCAACGGUACCACUAGCACCCAAGUGCGAUACCUCUGGCAGCCUACACGACACAUCCAGGGACAUAUACUGACCUGUGUCAUCCGGCACCCAGCUCUGAUGAGUGACUUCCGGAUCCCCUACCAGCUCAAUGUACAAUUUGCCCCAGAUAUCUCAGUUGUGGGUUAUGAUGGAGACUGGUAUGUGGGCCGGCAAAAUGUUCAAAUGGCAUGCAAGGCCAACGCCAACCCACCAGCUCAUCACUUCAGAUGGAUCAGACUGGACAGUGAAAUGCCAGAAGGGGUGCAAAUCAGUAAUAGCACGUUGCUCUUCCUGCGUCCCCUCCAGCGGAAUGACUCUGGGGUUUAUAGGUGUGAGGUCGCCAAUGACAUCAACCUCCGCAGUCGGGAUGUUCGCAUUCUAAUACAAGAUCCUCCCACUAUGCCCUCAACCAUUACCACUCCUGUCUUAACUGGUUCGGUGUCCUACACCUUAAUGGAUGAUAAGCAUCGUGUCUUCAGCUCCCCCACACUUGAAGCUCUUCCUGAAAGUAAUCUUGGUUCCAUUGUGGGAGGGGCUGUGGGUGGGGUUUUGUUCCUGUUAUUGCUGCUGUCUCUGGUUGGGGUGUAUUACCUACGUAAACACCAGACCUUCCCCGGUAACUACUACACCAAGCAGUACCUAGGUCCCACCGACUUUCAGAAAGCCUCCACCCAGUACGAGCUCCAUGCCACGAAGGCUGGCAGCACUCCGUACACUCAGGACUAUGACAGAGAGGAGUGGGGUGACCGUGAGCUCAAACACGAGCGUGGCCGACGGCAACACAACUUUAAUGGAGAGGAAUAUCCUGUUAAUGGUUAUACUCGGGCAAUGAGGGAGGGCGGUCACUACAGUCAGCAGCAGAACAAUCACCAUCAGCAGCCGCAGUGUUCCAGUCCACGGCAAGCCAGAUGUUCCAGAAGUCCUCAAACAGCAAAGCUACAAGGAAGCACAUCCCCCUACCUGAGAGAGGACUGCUACAACGGGAGGCCUGAUGGUGACUACGUCUCUCAUAAAGACGGCUCCGUCAUCUCUCGUAGGGAGUGGUAUGUUUGACGAGCCGUGUGAUCUGAUGAUGAGGGAAAGUGAAUUGGAGGGCGUCUUUAAUGUUUGCACAGGCACAUUUCUGCUAAUCUUCAUACUGUAGCUCCUUCAGUGGUCCUGGUUGACCAGUCUUAUUUUCUUCCCCCUUUAGUGUACUUGUGGUGCACACUGUAGCCUACUUAACAUAGCGAUGUCACUAGUUUGUGUGUUGAGACUGCUGGUUUGUUACUGUUUGUCAGUCAGCCAUCAGAAAUUUCUAGUGAUUCUCUGCCUAGUUACUGGUGCCAUUUCCAGCAAGGCUCUCCAACCGUGUUCCAUCGGAACACCUACGCCUAUGUUUAAUUUCACACUGCUCCACUACAUGGAUCAUAAACUCAGUCAGGUGUGUUCAGCCAGUCACAAGCCAGCUGACUCCAGAUGUAGCCAAUCAGGUGCAGGCAAUGCAGUGGCAGAUGGAACAUCUGCAAGAAAGUAUUUGAAACUUUGUUUAUAUUGACAGAUGUCAGACUUCUGAAUAUGAAUCUAAGAAAAUUUGAGAUUUCCUCAAAUCACAUUGAGUUUUUUUUUUUUUUUUUUAGUGCAGAUUUAAAAAAAGAAGUCCUUCUGUGAACAUGUCUAAUAGUAACUGCUCCUGAUUCAUGGUCAAAACAAGCUGUUACGCCUUUUACACUAUGUCAAGACUAUGUCCAAGUUGACAAUUGGACCAAACAUGUUCUGGCUGUGUCCUGUUUAAAAUUAUCACCUAAAAGUGACCAGCAGGAAGAAAUGCAUGAACAACGUACAGUCCACUGUAAUCGGUAGAGUGAGUUUGUCGUACAACAAAGGCAUGAUAUCUAUAUUUCCAACAAAGUUUUCUCAACCAGUGCAAGCUGAACUGGUUUGGAUUCUUAGCAACCUAGAUCUUUGGGAAGCUUUUUAACCAGUCUUGUUCAGUUGGUCACAUACUGCACAUACCUCAUGUGUUCUACCAGAUCAUAAUGGCUUUGUGUGAGAAUUUGCACUCUGGCAAACCGGGCCUCUUGAAAAUUCAAGUGCACAUUGUACAAAGCAGGCUGCACUGUAGUAUUUACUAUACAUUGCCCUCAGAGUAUACUUUUUUGCAGUGGCAUUGUUAAAGACUUUUGCCCCGACCUUGAAUAAGCACUGAAUUUUUUUGUUUUUGCUCCUCUAAUCUGUAGAAACAUGAGACUGAAUUAAAGCGUGUUGCUCUUCAUUAGUUCUUUAAAUGGAUUAAUUGUUACUGAAACUGUAAAAUGUUUUUGUCAUGUUUGUAUUUAGGCUGCUAGUCCCACAAAGAAAACAUUUUUAUGGUCAUGAAAUUGCUUGCUGAAAUUCAUCCUUUAAGUAGCUAUGAGGAAAACGCUGUUUCUUCACAGCUUUUCCAGGUGAACAUUCCUAACCUACAUGUACAGCCACUCAAGAUGCUCUUCAUGGGCCAGAGAACUGUGAAUAACUGAGAGUGCAUUUAGCGGGUUGUUAGGUCUGAAAUCGGCAUGAAGGCUAUUUAUUUUUCUGAUGUUGUCCGAUUAACACAGACAAUAAUUCCAGUAUUUAUAUUUAGACUGCAUUAAAGAAACCUGACAGUUUCUUUCAUGUAUGAUAGUGUUUUGAUUACAUGCCAACUUCAGUAGUAUUGUCUUAGAAUAUUUGCUGCAAAAUGCCAAAUACUAGUUUAGUGUGUAGAAAUGUGGUGAUGACUGUCUCACAUAUCUAAUACUGAGUAAGUAGCAAUUAUUAGCUUAUGUUCAUCACUAAUACAUCAUUGUUGCAGGGCCUCAUAGCCCAAAAUGGGGAAAAUGAAAAGAUGCUUUAGGCCACUUUAAUGUUGCAGUGACACUUUUCAAAUGGGAAUUAGUUCUUAUUUUUAUUGAGGGUCCUACACUAACUUUGGGGUAACGUGCACAGUGAAUAGACAUUGAGAUUUGCAAAUGUGCCAUUGUAAUAUAAAAGUAAAAGUUACCGUGGUUCGUGUUGUUUCAGCUGUUUAAUUGCUGUACAGUAGAAUUUAUUUCCCUACACAGAUGGUGUUUUGGUGUGUGAAAUAUUUGGCACUUUAUGUAUUGUACAAGUUUGAAAGGCUGAAGCUUCCUAUUUUGGUAACUGUCAUAACUGGCUUUUUUUUUUUUAUUCUAAAAGUGUCUAAUGCACAGAUGGGUAUUACUGAGCAGUUACUUAAUGUAGUUUUGUCUAAUGGUUCCACAAAACUAGGAUAUUUAAAUGAUGAACAAAUUCUAAUAAAUUGUUAGAAUCAUUUCUACAGAGACUUGGUAUGUCAAUGGUUCCACAAAUCUACAUUUAAAAUGGGGAAACAAUUAAAAGGACCUGGGAGGAGUAGGACAACAGACAGACAUGAUCUUGGUCCCCAGUGAUGGACCUUUGGCAAAGGUGACCUUACAUGGCCAAUUCCAGAACCCACCUCCAUAUGUGUGCAAGUUGGCGUGAAAAACUUAAAUUUUGACUUUUUUGAGGCAGUUCCAGAACUCUCCUCUAUAUGUGUGCCACGUUUGUUGGACAUUGGAGUUAAAAUCCAUCAUUUUGACCCCAGUGACUGAUCUUUUGCCAAAACAAACCCUGUAGAGCAAUUCUGGGGUCAGCCUAGUACAUGCACACAGCAACUUUGUUCUACUUCUCUGAGGUGCCUGAGCCAAUCUAAACCCCACACACAAAUGAAUAUUUCUCAAAUGUAUUUAUUUUUUGUUAAGCUGAUGGGUCACAUACUUGAAAGUAAGGUUUUUAGAGGGAGGUCUCUGUGCCAAAAUCUGUUAAACUGCUAGUCUGUGUACAUGUGCAGAAAGUCAACCCAAUUUUUUUUCCUCCUUUUGCUUCUAUGCAUGAAGGAAAUUCCACAAAUCUGUUAUUUUGGCUUGACCCCUCUGUUUCAUGACAUUAUGUACUGUGACACUUUGUAUCAAUAGCGUUUUUGGGUUUUUUUUUGUGUGUGUAUGUGUGUGUAUUGAAACACAACUAGUGCCUUAGAUGUUUAGGAAAGUGUUAUUUAUCAGUGUGUGAACCUGUUGAUUGGAUAUAUAUAAUUUAACUGCAUUCUUAUUAGUACUCUGCUUGUGUACAACUUUUCUGCCCUUGACAGUCAAUAACACAAGACAUUUGUAAACUGAAGACACAGUAAAACACACACAAACUUGAAUUUUAUUUUUUCUUUCUCUGUUUAUUGGUUUGGGUUUCUCGUAAAACAAGAGCACAGUUGUUGAAACGAGUGAAAACGUAUUGUCACGACAUGAACAGUGUUUAUUUUGUGUAUAUACAGAAGAACUGUGUGUUUCUCAAAGAGGAGGGGGAGGGAAAUAUGUGAUGGUAACAGUGGAAUAUUUUUGUGAAUCUUUGAGAUACUUUAGUUGAAUAAAGCACCUUAGCACCUGUGAGUUAUUUUCUCUGAAGCUUUUUAUGCCUGCCAUUACUCACACUGCCGUCUCCUUUGUGCGUCUAUAAAUGACAUCAUCUGGAUUCACUAAGGCAUGAUGCUGCAUAAGCCCCCCCCCA